CCGCUUCAUUCAUCUUCUCUUAGUUAUCAUCGAUUCAUGUACUUAAAUUGAUGUCUCAGACAGGGCCUACAGCAUGCCAUGUCGGAGGAACGCGAUACUCAGAUUCCCGCUUGUCAGAAAUGUAAGCUGCGCAAGGUGCGCUGCAACCGACAGGCUCCAAAAUGUGGCAACUGUACGAAAGCAAAUAUCGCAUGCAUAAUAGUGGACCAUAUUACAGGCCAAAGCUAUUCGCGUCAGUACAUUGCCGGCUUGGAGGAUCGGGAAAGAGAGCUACGUGAACGUGUACACCAGUCAGGGCCUGUGGGCGAGCGAUCAUCCGUAACAGAGAGCUCAUCCGCCCAAGUCAGAUCUGACGCGGCUGAGAGCACUCCUGUUGAUCAUCCUACUGGCGGUACUGCGACGUCACAUAACGGAUUUGUUGGCGAUGGAAGCGGUCUUGGAUUUUUGCACAUAAUAUUGUCUGAUUCAAGAUGGUUGCAUCAUCGAGCGCGGAUUCUUCAUCAACUUGCCAACCGGCCUCGUAUCACAAGACCUCAACACACAUCAAACAGCCUUCCUCCCAUGGACGAAGCGCAAGAGCUUAUUGACAAUUACCUCGUUCGAUUUCAUAAGAGCCAUGCCUUUUUACUUCGUAAAGAUAUUCUAGAUAUAUUUUCUCGAGUCUAUGCGCCAUCUACACCGUCUUCCAUGCCGCCACAUAGCAUUGCUUCUGCACAGGAUUACUUCCGAAUAUUCAUGAUCUUUGCCGUCAGCUCAACGACACGCUAUCGUCUGGGCAUUUCGGCUGAGCAUCCAUACGGUUAUUUUCUUGCUGCAAAGAAAUAUCUUAGUGAGGUACCGUUGAUCAAAGACAUAGAUGGUAUCCAGAACUUGUUACUCGUUACACGAUUUGGUAUGUACUAUCAUAUUGGUACGUCCAUCUGGGAAUUGUCAUAUCUAUGUAUGCGUCAAUGCAUUGAAUGGCGCCUUCAUGUCCCCUCAGAUCAAGUAGUCGAUGCUAUGCAAGAGCAACACCAUCGGAGAAUCUUUUGGGAAUGCUAUGCAUUGGACCGGUACAGUUCUGGAAUAUUAGGUCGCCCAUUCGCCAUUCGGGAAUCCGAAGCCACCGUGCCACUUCCAGUCGAUGUUGACGAUGCGACAAUUAUAAAUUCCCGCCCCGCCAGUCUAAGUACCAUACAGAACGCAUCCUCUUCUCACCCAACGGAAUUGUCUUGCUUUGUCUUCCAUGUCAAGCUUCGCAGGAUUAGCUCUCGCAUUCACUCCACCUUUUAUCGUGGCCGAGCCCCUCACACAAAGCCUGGUAAUGAAGGAGUGAAGGCUACAGAGUUCAAAACAAUCGGACACAUAUACACUGCCUUUUCCGAUUUUCAUAGAGAGCUCGAAGCUUGGCGGCGAACAGCCCCGGUCUUUCUUGUGCCUCGUACACUCUAUGAAUACACCGAGUGGAAUGAUUUCCUGUAUGAGAAGGAUCGUCUACUCCUAGCGAGAGGAGCGAUGCAUAAUGUUUCUUCUCGGCCAUAUUCUGUUGGGGGUGUUACCAAGGAGAUACUGACAGCCUGCUAUGUCUCCGCGACACGCGUCAUCUGCCUGUAUGCCGAUCUUAUGGGUAAAGGUAUCAUUACUUGGACCAGAAGUUAUUUCCAGGUCAUAUUCACGGCUGGACUGACCGUGAUUUACUGUCUGAGUUUAGAGGUUCUCAAAGGUCCGACUGAGCCUGAAGUCAGCCAGAGGGAUCCUCUGGAGACGCUUAUGACGUGCAGCAAAGUGCUUGCAUUCUUCAAAGAAAAGAUGCCGGAUGCUGGUCCCUUCGCCGUAGUCUUCGAUGCGUUGAAGGAUGAGUGUACGAAAGAUCGUUCCGUGGACCUUCCCUUGACAACCAGCUCAGAAGUCAAUGAGGGCGAGCAACUACACGCACGGUCUCAUUCACAAGCAUUUGACCAUGGAGAUAUACAUCCAAACCAAUUCACCUUCGCGCCUCCCUCCAAUGUCGGCCCCUAUGAAAACCCCCUCGUGAAUACUGGGAACAGUACGAACGUUGAUCAUUUCAAUUUUCAAGAAACUAGCGAAAUGCUCCCAUACAAUGAGCACUCUGACCAGAGUAUGAAUCUAGGAUUGACAGGUGAUAUGAUGCAACACCUCGAGGCUGGGAUGGAGGAUUACGCAUGGGGCUCUAUCAAUAUGGAUUUAUCAUUUUGGGAUCAAAUGUCAUUCGAAUGA